UCCAAUACUGGAUGAUGACCCCCUCUGGCAGGAAAAGGCGACUUCAGUAUGAGAGGGCUGCCACUACCACUCCCCAGCAACCUGUUCCAGUCGUGGAUACCAUUGUGAAUCUGGCGGCAGAAGUUCAGGAGGAUCGCCAGAUAACCAGUGAUACUCAGGAGGACAGUCAGCAGGUCAGUCAGGAGGAGGCCAGUCAGCAGGAGGACAGUCAGCAGGAGGUCAGUCAGCAGGUCAGUCAGCAGGAGGUCAGUCAGCAGGAGUUCAGUCAGGAGGAGGUGAUGAAUCCAGCCUUUCUAUUUGACAAAUAUGAUGCUGAUGAUGGUUAUUCCUCAGAUGAGUCAGAGUGUGACAUGAGUGAGGAUUAUGUCACCUCGAUGCUUGAAAUGUUCUCUCGUGAAUAAAAUGUAUAAUGAACCAAAAUAAAAAGAAAAGAACCUUG